UUCCCCGCCAGUUGACAUGCUGCGUUCUGAGCUGCAGUGGGAGGUGCCCAUGUGGGUGUCACUGCCGACUGAGAUCCUGAACCCAGAGCUGGUUUUCCCCUUCCUGGACACCACACUGGCACAGCUGGGCAUUGAAAAGUCAGCUGUGAAAGAGCGGGUUGUGUGGGUGGACUCCAAGAGGACCCAGGUGCGGAAAAAAUCAGGGAAGCUGAAGGAGAAGGAGGUUGUGGUUCUGGAGGUACGGGUCAAGGCCCAGCAGCCUGGGAAUCCUCAGACCCAAGAGAUUCUGUACAGCACUGAGAGCCACACAGACCGGUCCUACUGCCGCAGCUCUGUGGCUGUCCAGCCUUGGAAACUAACGCAGCCAGAGAAUGACAACCAACCAGUGGAAUUGAUUUUUGCUAUGGACAUAGAGGUACAGCCAAAAUGGAAGAAGACUGAAGAAAAACAGGAAGUGUGAGGAGUGAUGAAACCAAACCAAUCUGAUCAUCGAUCUGUAAUAUAUUCAAGCAAAGCACAGUAUUAGCUAGCCAUGAUUAUCUUUUCAUUAUAAAAUGGACAUCAUAGUGAAACAUUAUAGUGAAAUUAGUGCGAAGGUGGGGCUUUGUCCCACAUUCACAUUGUGACACAAAGCCCUGAUUUUAAUGGCUUCUCAGUAGUAUUUGUGUAAGAGUAACAGAUUAUGUUUUGCAUUCUCAAUUAGUUCCGUUUUGCAUUGUUUUGAAUUUGCAUGUAAGUGACCCUCAGCAUUUUAAUGUCUUCUUUUGUAAGUUGUAAAUGGAAUUAUAACUCCUCUUGUACAGCAGUUAGACCCGAUUAGCCAAUUAGCAGCAUAACACACAGCCUAACUAUAGCUUAUUUUCUCCUCUGAAUAAUGCUGAAUACCAGACAGUGUUGUAAGAUCAUUUUUCUCUGCGUGUUAAUAUACUAGAUCCUCAGUACAUCCAUUUCAAAGGACUGUUAUGAUAUACGCACAUAGGAACCCCAUUGGAUUUUUAUGUUGUUAAGAUGGAGAAAGCUGCUUAGAUAUUUCAUAUUAAGAAACAGCCGGAACAGCCAGGAGACUAACAGUAAAAAGCGCAUCUGGGUGUCUUUUUUAUUGAAUGCAUGUUAAGAUGUGUGCACUGGCAAUAAACACUAUGAAGCGGGUUAUACCCACA